AUGAGCAGCGAGGAGAUUGCAAAACUAAAGGGGCUCGUAAUGCACCUAAACAACGGCGAUUAUGAGAGAAUGACGGAAACUGAGAUUUUAACUGCAUUAGCCGACGAACGUUUGGACAUUGAAUGCAAAGAAGAAGAACCAUUGAUAAACAACUGGAUAGCGAAAAAUCCGAAAAAUAAUGAACGGAUGAUGCGGCUAAAAUCGGAAAGCCUCAAACGGCGUGGAACCGAUGGUCGACUUGCAGCUGUCGUGCGAGACAGAGUACCACGUGAAAUUGAGGUUGGAGCACAGGUGGUCCGUCAGACAUUGUGGAGGUUAUUCAACCCAAGGGCGCAUACAUGGGUAGUCCCCGAAGCAGCUGUGAGAGAAAUUCCACGGGCAUAUCACGGAGCCGUGUUAUGUGCCGAGAAGAUGAUAAUUUUCGGUGGUUUCAAUGGAAGAGAAUACUUCCAGCAUGCCAAGAUAUUUGAUCUCAAUAAAAAGAGCUGGGAGGCGAUAACGAAUAUGCACGACAGACGGUGUUAUGUGGCUGCUACUCCAUUUGUGGAUCCAAUCGGAACAUAUCAUGUCGUUGCCAUUGGAGGCUACAACGGCCACCGAAGACUCAAUUCCGCUGAGAUCCUUCACAUUGAAAAAAACCAUUGGUACCACUUGCCAUUUAUGGCAAAGCAACGAUCGGAUGCAGGCGCUGUGGUUCUGGCGGGACGACCGACAGUAAUUGGCGGCUUCGAUGGGCGAACGAUACACAACGAUAUCGAGAUGCUGGACUUUGAAACGCAGACA